AUGGUUCCAGACCAAAUAAACGGAUACCGCUGGGACAUUCCAGAACGAUACUCAUCCCUGACACCCAUUGGCUGUGGAGCAUUCGGGACCGUUUGGCAUUUUCUGAUUUUUCUCUUUAGUUCUGCACACGACAAUGUAUUGCACAGGCCCGUGGCAAUUAAGCGCAUCAACAAACCAUUUGACGCUCCUGAAUAUGCCAAACGAACCUACCGGGAGUUGGCAAUACUGGCUCACAUUGACCACGAAAACAUAAUUACCCUAAUUGACGUAUUCACGCCUCAAACGACAAUGGAAACUUUCAGUGAAAUAUAUCUCGUAAUGCCAAAGAUGGCUGCGGAUUUGGAGGCCGUCAUUAAGGAGCAGAGCCUUGACGACGAACAAAUAACCUUCCUUGCCUACCAGAUUCUUCGAGCGCUCAAGUACAUGCACUCUGCCAACCUCAUCCACAGGGACUUGAAGCCGCGCAACAUCGCCGUAGACGUGGACUGUAACCUCCGGAUUAUCGACUUUGGUUUGGCCCGACAGAUGACAGAGGACAUGUCACUUUACGUUGUCACUAGAUGGUAUCGUGCCCCCGAGGUUAUCGCUCAGUGGGUAAAUUACAACGACACAGGCAAGUAUUGGUUCAUGCUUUUAGUUUCAAGUCACGGAUCAAAGCAACCGCCCGUUCUCUUGGAUAUCUGGUCGGUGGCAUGUAUUUUGGUUGAGAUGAAGACGCGCCAACCUCUAUUCUGCGGACAGAACCCUCUGGAGCAGUUGGUAGAGAUUUUGGCUGUCGUUGGCAAGCCAGAUGAGGGAUUCCAACGGAAAAUAACCAGUCAAAGUGCGCGUGACUUCAUAGAGUCAAUUGUGCUUCCUCCAAAGAGGGAAAUGGAGGAGAUCUUCCCUUGGGCUUCACUUGUGCUCUUGGACCUCCUCUCGAAGAUGCUGGUUCUCGAUCCGGAUCGUCGAUUAAAGGCGGCGGAGGCACUUGCCCACCCCUACUUUGCUGACUACCACGACGAAUGCGAUGAGCCAGAAGGCGAAUCAUAUUUAAAUUUUCACUUAUUGUCGUUUUACAACGUUAUUUUAGAACGAAAUUUUGUCCCUGUUGAACUAAAUCAACUCCGAUGGGACCUCCCAGACCGGUAUUCUUCCGUGAUGGUUGCUGGUCACGGUGCCUACGGUACAGUCAGUUCAGCGAGGGACGCACUUCUGCAGAGAGAAGUGGCAAUUAAGAAACUCGAUCGGCCCUUCGAAAACGCCGAAUUCGCCAAGCGAACCUACCGGGAGCUGGCCAUUCUGGCGCAGAUGGACCACGAAAAUGUGCGCUAUCGAACCUGUCAGUCGCGUCACCCGCUGUUGGUCAUUUGCCUCAUCGACGCAUUCACACCCCAAACCACGCUGGAAACCUUUAAAGACGUGUACCUUGUGACACCCCUGAUGGACGCCGACUUGGGAGCGAUCGUGGCCCAACAAGUGCUCACCGACGACCAGAUCUGCUUCCUCGCCUACCAAAUGCUUCGCGCUCUCAAGUACAUGCACGGCGCGCACAUCAUCCACCGCGACCUCAAGCCCUCCAAUAUAGCCGUCAACUCCGAUGUUGAGAUCCGCAUUAUCGAUUUCGGUCUCGCGCGCCAAAAGAACCACCUGAUGACGGGUUACGUGGCCACGCGGUGGUACCGCGCGCCCGAGGUCAUGCUCAACUGGAUGCACUACAACGACUCAGGUAAACACAGCCCUUGUUCUCCUUCUCCCACUUCAUCCAAUUUAAAGGAGGCAUUUUUGGCUCCCAACUCCCUUUUCACUAGAUCGACCGCACUGGAGUCUCAGCGAGCCGAAUUCACAGUCACAAUUGACGUCUGGUCCGUGGCCUGUAUUCUGGUCGAAUUGAAGACGCGCCAGCCGCUUUUCCGUGGGCUCAACCACAUUGACCAGGUGAAGCAGAUCAUGAGUAUCGUGGGAGCGCCGGACGAAGAGUUGAUGGCUAAGAUUACCAGCAGCAGUGCACGGGAAUUCAUCGAAAAACUCAACUACACUAGCAAAAAGGACCUUAAAGAUGCGUUUCCAUGGGCCUCGCCUGUCUUGUUGGAUCUCCUCUCCAAGAUGCUCGUUCUUGAUCCCGAUCGUCGGCUGACGGCAGCUCAAGCGUUGGCGCAUCCCUACUUUGCUGAGUACCACAACGAGAGUGACGAGCCUGUUGGGGAACCGCUCAACGACGAACUCAUCGACGCCGACAAUCUCACAGUGGAGGAAUGGAAAGAAGCCACGUGGAAUUUGCUGCGAAAUUUCAAGCCAAAACUUACUUCGUUGCGGCCCGUGGACAGCUGGUCAGUGGACUAA